AUGGGAACCUGUGCCAUGGUGACUGACAACAACAUCUCAUCUGGCCUUGAGAGCAACACCACGGGCAUCACAGCCUUCUCCAUGCGUGGCUGGCAUCUGGCAUCGUUGGCAGCAGCCCACCUGGCCCUGGUGCUGGUGGCUGUGGUGGCCAAUGCUGCGGUUAUCUGGAUCAUCCUGGCCCAUUGGAGGGUGCGCACGGUCACCAACUACUUCCUUGUCAACAUGGCCCUGGCCGACCUCUGCAUGGCCGCCUUCAACUUCGUCUAUGCCAGCCACAACAUCUGGUACUCUGGCCGUGCCUUCUGCUACUUGCAGAACCUCUUCCGCAUCACAGCCAUGUUUGUCAGCAUCUACUCCAUGACCGCCAUCACCGCCAACAGGUACAUGGCCAUCGUCCACCCCUUCCAGCCAUGGCUCUCAGCCCCCAGCAUCAGAGCAGUAAUUGCUGGCAUCUGGCUGGUGGCCCUGGCCCUCGCCUUCCCCCAGUGCUUCUACCCCACCAUCACCAUGGACCAGGGUGCCACCAAGUGCGUGGUGGCCUGGCCCGAAGACAGCGGCGGCAAGAUGCACCUUUUGUACCACCUCGCGGUGAUCGCCCUCAUUUACUUCCUGCCUCUCGUGGUGAUGUUCGUCGCCUACAGUGUCAUAGGUCUCACGCUCUGGAGAUGCACUGUCCCAGGGUACGAGGUGCAUGGCGCCAACUUGCGCCACCUGCAGGCCAAGAAGAAGUUUGUGAAAACCAUGGUGCUGGUGGUGGUGACAUUUGCCAUCUUCUGGCUGCCCUACCACCUCUACUUCAUCCUGGGCAGCUUCCAGGAGGACAUCCACUGCCACAAGUUCAUCUAGCAGGUCUACCUGGCGCUCUUCUGGCUGGCCAUGAGCUCCACCAUGUACAAUCCCAUCAUUUAUUGCUGCCUCAGCCACAGGUUUCACUCUGGAUUCCGGCUUGCUUACCGUUGCUGCCCAUGAGUCACGCCAACUGAGGAAGCCAAGAUUGAGCUGACUCACACCUCAUCCCUUUCCACGAGGGUCAACAGGUGUCACACUAAAGAGACUUUGUUCACGGCUGGGGAUGUGGCCCCCUCUGGGGCUGCCAAUGGGCAGGCUGGAAGUCUGCAAGCUGAAGUGUCUACUGACCCCUGAACCCUUGUGCCUGGCUGCAGGGGGAGGCUUAGCACCCUGGAGAAGUAGCCAGUUGAGAGGACAUCGGAAAGUUUGGCCCAUGCCUCACCCUUCAGUACAUCAAUGGAAAAACAAGAUGGGGCCAGGAACUCUGCAGUGGGUGCUGACUCUCCCAGCCAGCCCUCUGACAGUGCUUCAGGGGAUCCACUAAGUCAAAGAAGACAGUGUGAGCUAACACUUAUCUAAUCCAGGAGUUGCAAGCUCGAAUGCCUCCCUGGGGCAUACAACAUGAGUAAACCGAAUCCAGUAUAAAAGAAAAACUGUAGAUAUAAUGAUAAAAGGUAAGUGACUUCCAGUGUUGGGGCAAAAGGAAGGGUGGGGACUGUGACAAACUGGAGAGCACAGGAAUCCAAAGGGGACAACAGCCGAUCAGCUCUGGACAGAUGCUGCCAUGUGUCUGGGAGCCCACUGUUGCCAGAUCCUCCAAACCUUUCAAGAGAAGCCAGAAAUCCAAAUUUGUGAAACUUCCAGGUUUGUUAAAUUGAGCUCACAUUUUUAUAAAUGUUGCAUACACCAAACAAAACACACCUGUCAGCAGCACCCAACCAUGACACUGACCUAUUAUUAGGCUAAAGACACAAGGAAAGAAGCUUCUUGUUUUGCAAAGCCCCUAACCUGUGAGCCAAUCCAAGCCUUCUCUGCCUUAGCAUCUAAGA